GAAAGUCCCUCCCACACUAAGAAAUAUAAAUAUAGCCAAUUAAGUCAGACAGUUCAUUCUCGUUGAACGAAACAGCACCCAAAGAGAAAGGAAAAUGUGUUCAGAUCUUGAGUGCGGAAUUUGUUACCGAAGCUACAACACCGGCCGUCGGUGUCCUCGUGAGUUACAGUGUAAACACAGCUUUUGUGAGCGCUGUCUGGUGACUCUUUCCCAAUCCUCAGUAUGUGAAGUGGAAUCCACGAAGGAAUGUUCGCCGCAGGACAAGACAAUCGUUUGCCCACUCUGCCGAUACCAGACCUCUGUAUCGGGAAAAGUGAGGGCAGCGCUUCCGGUAGACGAAAGUGUUCUAGAGCGCAUGGUGGUAUCUGGCGUUCUCGGGGAAAGCAUGACAGACGACGAGGGGGAUAGCGAGGGGAAGGAGGAUGACAAUGAGACUCCCCAUGAGAACUCAGCCGAGGAAAGGGGUUCCAGAGGUGGAAGGUUCCGCCGUUCGCUGAGGCGCGUCUGGGGCAAAUUCACUGGGAAUCAUUCCCAAAGGAGAGCGCAUUGUAUGACUGAUGAUGACCUACGAGACCUCUUCAUGAUGUCAUGCUAUACCAUUUGAUGAGGACUUAAUUGAUUGGAAAGUCAUCAGGGCUGCGUUCAGUACGUUUUUACGUUCUGGCACGUUCAGUUGAACGGAUCCGGUGCUGUACUGAACGACCAGUUGAAAAACCGGGUUGGAGAAAGCUGUCGGCAUGGCCACUGCCCUUUAAAUAUGUCACACAUUGCUUCAAGCCACACCUCGCCACACCCACCAACGGGAGCCACCCUACCUCAGUCUGUUCAAGAACGUUUGGGGGGAAACGUGUCAAUCGGUACAAACCGUUCCGUAACUUAGCAAACGUUCGAGCGAACUGAACGCACCUCAGUGGCACCUGAUUGAUCAGAGAGGGGGCGUUGCCGUCCACGAGCCUACACUACAGUAACCUAUUUGGACUGUAGAAGACUGGCGGGUCCAGUUGGAAGUUGGAGCAAGCAGUAAUAUGUAUUCCAUAUAAUAGCCAACUAGGCCUCUGUGUCCAUUUCUUCACACAUGCAUGUAAUAAUUGGUGGUGACCAAACACAUAAUGGUAACAGAAUUGUAAAGACUAUAGGCUAUUCUUUGAAGCCAUUGGGCUACUGAAUGAAAUAGUUUUAUCUAAAAUUGUAUUUUUUUUUGUGCUUUGAAGUAGUGGCUUUCCAUUUCCAACUAUUAGAAUGUGUUGAAUUUUGUUGGUGCUCAGUUCAAUAUAAAACUAAUUGACUGUAGUGUAUUUAUUACAUUCACUUUUAUUGAUUGUGUGUGAUAUUUUGCACCUUUGUUUUGUAAUAAAACAUGUUAUUGUUUUGUUAAUUUUCUUCUCUCGCCUGGAUAAAUGGCUUGCAGUAGUAACUGAUGCUUGCUUUUUCGCUGAAGAAUAAGUUAAUAAAUAAUACUGUUCU